AUGGGUCGUUACAUUAAGAAAGGAUUAAGAGGGAACUGGCGUCAGGAGGAUCUCCAAGCUGCUCUUAAUGCAGUUGCAAAUGGACAGAAGGUAAACACCGCCGCCAAAGAGUUCAAAAUGCCAAGGAGAACCCUUAAAAGGUACUUAAAGACAAAACAAAUUCUAAAGUCUCAUCUUGGUCGCAAACCACUUCUCUCUUCAGAACAGGAAAAUGAAUUGGUAACGCGUAUUAAACGAUUAGCAAGCGUUGGUUAA